AAUGACUGAAUUAACACAAAGCCCUUGCAAAACUCCACCCAGAAAACUCUCUUUAUCAAAAAGGAAAAGAAGAUGGGAUGUUUCAACAGAUGACAUCUUAGGUGAUUUUGAUGAGAACAAAGAAGUCACAAUAAUUAACAAUGAACGUCUUUUCCAACAUUUAUCCACAGAAAAUGAUAAUUCGAAUACCACUGAUCACUCAGUAAUUUCAUCAAAAAACCAUAAAAAGCAAAAAUUUAAACAAGACAGUGAGGUAAAAUCUACAUUAUAUUUAAAUGACAAUAAAACUAUUGACAACGAACUGGAACUUGAGACUAAGUCUCCGGAAACAUUUCCUCUUUUAAAUUUUAACGGUUUAUAUUUGACAACAGGUAUUAUUGAUAAACUCCUACCUUCAGGAUACACUAAGCUUGAUCCUCCUGAAGGUUAUAUGAAGCCUGAUUAUUCCACUUUUGUUGAUGAAAGCUCAAUCGACGCUUAUAUGAUUCCUGAUGUAUCAACAGAAACUAAUCAAAUAUUAAAAAAUUCAAUUAUUACGCCUGACCAAAUUCCAUUAAUAAGAGAUUUACAGUUUUUCAGAGAAGCAGAUUCAAAAUAUUUUUCAAAAUUACUCUCCAAUCCAGAUCUGUCAAUCGAUUUAUCAAUUGAUGAACAAAAAGAAUUGCGAUUGAUGGGUUUAUUGUUAAAGAUCAAAAAUGGAAACCCCUCUGUAAGAAAACAGGGUUUAAGAUCAUUGACAGAUAACGCUAGAAACUUUGGUCCGAAAAUUUUGUUUAAUCAAAUCUUACCUUUACUAAUGGAGAAAGACUUUGAAGAUCAGGAAAGACAUUUGAUAGUAAAAGUGAUUGAUAGAAUUUUGUAUAAGUUGGAUGAUUUGGUUAGACCUUACACUCAUAGAAUUUUGAAAGUUAUAUCUCCUCUCUUGAUGGAAGAAGAUUACAUUGCGAGAAAUGAGGGAAGAGAAAUUAUUUCAAAUUUGUCUAAAGCUGCGGGUUUGAAUCAUAUGAUUACAACAUUAAGACCUGAUAUUGACAGUUCUGAUGAUUAUGUUAGAAAUAAAACAGCUAGAACAUUUGCAGUUAUAGCCAACGCGCUAGGGAUUCUGUCUCUUAUACCAUUUCUAAAAGCUGUUUGUCAAUCUAAAAAGAGUUGGCAAGCAAGGUUGUCUGGUGUCAAAAUCAUUCAGCAAAUUACUGUUUUACUUGGCUGUGGAGUAUUGCCCCAAUUAGACGAGUUAGUUGGAUGCAUACAUCAAAAUUUGAAUCAUGAAAUUUUGUCUAUUAGAAGAAACACAGCGCUAGCGUUAUCUUCUUUAGCUGACGCAUCUGCUCCUUAUGGAAUUGAAUCAUUUGAGAAAGUGCUCGAUCCUUUGUGGAAUGGUGUACAAAGGCAAAGAGGACCAUGUUUAUGUGCCUUCUUGAAAUGUAUUGGGUGCUUGAUUCCAUUAAUGGACUCUGAAUAUGCUAACUAUUACGCUAUCGAAGUGAUCAAAAUUAUAUUGCGUGAAAUCAACUCAUCGGAUGAAGAAAUGAAAAGAACAAUUUUGAAAGUAAUUCAGCAAUGUGCUGAUACUGAUGGUGUCACGGCUUCAUUUUUAGUACAAAAAGUUGUGCUGCCUUUUUUUCGAAAUUUUUGGAAUCGAAGAAUUGCGUUGGAUCAUAGAAGUAGUAAAAUGGUAAUUCAAACAACUCAUUCCCUUGCCCGAAAAAUUGGUUUUAGUGAACUAGUAAACAAACUAAUUGAUAUAUUAAAAGAUGAUUCGGAUUCGUUUCGAAAAAUGGGUGCUGAAUGCAUUCAAAAUGUUAUAUCUAGUUUGGGAACUAGUGACUUGUCAGAUCGUACUGUUGAAAGACUAAUUGAUGGCUUAUUGGUUUCCUUUGAAUUGCAGGUUACGUUUGAUGAUCAAAUCAUUUUAAAAUCAUUUGGAACAACAAUAUCUUCUCUUGACGUUAGAGUGAAACCAUUUAUUUCAAAAAUUGUUUCAAUUAUUUUAUAUAGGUUGAGAAAUAACCAACCUCAAGUCAGGCAACUGGCAGCAGAUCUUAUUACUAAGGUUUCAUCAGUGAUAAUCAAUUGUGGAGAAGAAGAUAUAAUGUAUAAAUUGGGAAAGGUUCUAUAUGAGUCAUUAGGAGAAGUAUAUCCUGAUGUUUUGGGUUCGAUACUAAAUGCAUUAGAAAACAUAAUCUCUGUGGUUGGAUUAGCAUCUAUGAACCCUCCAAUCGAGCAAUUAUUACCUAAUUUGACACCGAUAUUGAGGAAUCGUCAUGAAAAGGUGCAAGAAAGUACUAUAAAGUUGAUUGGCAGAAUCGCUGACAGAGGUCCCGAAUAUAUUCCCUCUAAGGAAUGGAUGAGAAUAUGUUUUGAGUUGAUUGACAUGCUAAAAGCUCAUAGAAAAUCUAUUCGUAGAGCUGCAAACAAUACAUUUGGCUAUAUUGCCAAAGCUAUAGGACCUCAAGAAGUUCUUUCUACUUUGCUAAAUAAUUUAAAGGUUCAGGAACGUCAGUCAAGAGUAUGUACUGCUGUUGCAAUUGGGAUUGUAGCUGAAACUUGCGAGCCUUUUACAGUUCUACCUGCAUUAAUGAAUGAAUACAGAACUCCUGAAAACAAUGUUCAAAAUGGUGUUUUGAAAGCAAUGACAUUUAUGUUUGAAUAUAUAGGUGGAAUAACUAAAGACUAUGUUUAUGCCGUUGCUCCUUUGGUUGCAGAUGCUUUAACUGACCGAGAUCAAGUACAUAGACAAACUGCUGCCACUGUUGUAAAACAUAUGGCUUUAGGUUGUAUUGGAACAGGGUGUGAAGAUGCUUUUAUCAACUUUUUAAAUUUGCUCAUUCCUAACAUCUAUGAGACUUCUCCUCAAGUUAUUGAUAGAGUUAUUGAUGGAAUUGAUGCCAUUAGAAACAACGUUGGUAGUGGUAUUGUCUUAAAUUACAUUUUUAGUGGUAUAUUUCAAGCAGCCAGAAAAGUUCGAGCCCCAUAUUGGAAAAUUUAUAAUGAUUGCUACAUUCAAAGUUGUGACUCCAUGGUACCAUAUUAUCCCGAUUUUCAAGAAAAACAUUAUAAAAUAGAAGAGUUAGAUGAUUGGAUAUAAAACAUUUUAUUAGUCACAUUGAAUUUUUUAAGAUUUUUGGAUUUGAGGUAAUACUAGCUGAACAGAGAAUAAAGAAUAAACAAAAAUUUAGCAAUUAGUUAUUGAUUAUUGACUAAAAUUAGAAAGGCAUUGACAUAUAUAUAUAAAACAACUAAGAUCAAAAAUAAUUUGAAGUAAAAACAAAAUGUAAUUUUUGUUACUAUAGAACUAGUCAAGCCACACUCAUACUACCACCAAACAUGAAACAAAAU